AUGGCGACAUACAUGAAUCAACACAGUAAUCGCAAUCAACGCCGGUCUCUUCACCAAGAUUCCCAGACUACUGUUCUUGCCAGCUGCUACAGCGCUCAGCCGUCAACCACCAUGGUCCACGGGUUCCAUUACUGCACCACGCUGGGGGCCGGGUCUAAACCAGCCAUUCUAAGUCCUCCCCUUGAGAUCCCCGCUUCCAACCCAGAGCGAAGCCGGCCCGCGAACCACAACUGGCCAGAGGACAAAGGGGAGGCAACACAUACCAUCCCGGAAGAGUGUGAGAGGCUCUUCUGUGGCACACUGUCCACGAUAUUCCUUGGUGAGAGGAGUCUCGCGCGACAGGAGCCACUGGGGAUGGGUGCGGUUCAAAACAUCCAGCCGGAUCAUAUUGGACAAGGACACGAUCGAAUCCAGAAGUGGAUUGAAGUGUGGGAUUAUUCUAACGACGCCAUUUAUCGUGGGUUUGUGGUGGAGGUGAAUGGUGAGCGGACUUUAUUCGUCUUCUUCGAGGACCGCGCGUCGGAUCAUGGCUUCAAAUCGGGGCUCAUCGCUCUGUUUGAACUCGCCGGACUCGCUACCUUUGAGUGUUCCCAAAUAGUUGCCUGUGUCAGCCGUUCAGACCACGCAAACGAAAUGGAGCUGAUCCGAAAUCUGGGAUGGUGCGGGUUCAACCUCACCACCCUGGAGCCGUGGACGCCUGGUGGCCGGGGGCCUUUCCUUAGCACCAAAUGGCUUUUCCUGGCUGCCGAAGUCUAG